GUGGCCAAACACUUCAGCGGAAUGGACGAGGAGAUGAAGCUCCAGUUCCCGUCUCUGCCCGCCACAAAAGAAGAGCUCCCGGACUGGGCUUAUACGAUGAGAAGAGAAAUGCAGGAAAUAUUACCAGGACUGUUCUUAGGUCCUUACUCUGCUGCCAUGAAAAGCAAACUGCAGAUCCUGGAGAGAGAGGGCAUCACGCACGUCGUGUGUGUGCGGCAAGACAUCGAAGCCAAUUUUAUCAAACCUAAUUUCCCUCAUUUAUUUAGAUACCUUGUGUUAGAUAUUGCAGACAAUCCUGUGGAAAAUAUCAUAAGAUUUUUCCCUACAACUAAAGAAUUUAUUGAUAACUGUUUAGCAACAGGAGGAAAGGUACUAGUUCACGGUAAUGCAGGGAUCUCAAGAAGUGCUGCCUUAGUGAUUGCCUACCUAAUGGAAACAUUUGGAAUGAAAUACAGGGAUGCAUUCAGUCACAUCCAGGAAAGGAGGUUCUGUAUAAAUCCAAACAUAGGAUUUGUUAAUCAGCUUCAGGAGUAUGAAGCGAUCUACCUCGCCAAACUGACCAUUAAGAUGAUGUCAUCCAUGCAGCUUGGCUGCUCCUUCUUACGAGGAGGCAUGCCAGGAAGCCGUAAGCGCAGCCUGGAGGAAGAGGACGACUUUGGAGCAAUGCAGGUCACAGCAGCACAAAAUGGAUGA